GAAAGGGAACUCCGGGGCGGCCAGAUGUGAGCCGGACGACAUCAGCCGAACAUCCAGCUGCAACACCGAUCGAACCGCUAUAUCGUGGUAAAAUGUGGCAGCCCGCUACGGAGCGUCUGCAGCACUUCCAGACAAUGUUGAAGACUAAACUCAACGUGCUGACCCUGAAGAAGGAGCCCCUUCCAACUGUGAUAUUCCAUGAGCCAGAGGACAUUGAGCUCCGCUCAACCACACCGCUGGUGAAGAACCGGGUUCACCCUGGCUGCAAGGUAACUUACCUGGGGAAAGUGACGAUUACGGGGACACAGUUCCUCUCUGGGUGCACAGAGUCGGCGGUGAUCGGGCUGCGGGAGGGCCGAGCACGGGUCCAUAGCGACACCCCGCCCGCCAACGCCGUCCUGGAGAUCCGCCCCUUCCAGGUGAGGCUGCAACACCUGGACGGGCAUGGCGAGGCCGCCGUCGGCAUGGACACCUACCAGGUGGCGCGCAUCGCCUACUGCACGGCCGACCACCGCGCCAGCCCCAACGUCUUCGCCUGGAUCUACCGCGAGAUCAACGACGACCUGACCUUCCAGAUGGACUGCCACGCCGUGGAGUGUGAGAGCAAGCUGGAGGCCAAGCGCCUGGCCCACUCCAUGAUGGAGGCCUUCCGCAAGACCUUCCAGAGCAUGCGCAGCGACGGGCGCAUCCACAAGAGCUGCUCCUCUGACGAGUUUCCCCAGGACUCCACCCCUGACGACGGCUGAGGCGGGGCUCGUGGCGUGAGGGUAGUGGCAUGGGACAGUGUGGAUUGAGGAAGGCGGGGCCCGGUGGGGGGGGGGGGGGUAACUUAGGGACCAAAUGUAAA